ACUGUGAACAGAUCUAAUGUCAAACAAUUUGCCAAAUUUCUGGCGUCGCGAAAACCCGCAACUCCUUUAAAUCGUACCAUAAAACCACUCAGCCAUACUGGCCAUACUUCCCGGGGGCGUCGGCAGCCGGCGCUUUAUUCGUUUGCACAGCUGUAAUUUGAAUAACUGCGGCGAAGCGUUUGCCUGCGCAACGCUUCUGGAGCGACCGGGAUCAGGACUCAAGUGACUGGCGGCGGCGUUAUGGACGAGAUCAGAUUGCUGGGCGUGGCUUGUCCGCAGAUCGUAACCGUGGAGCGACUGGAGGAGGCACCAGUAUCACUGGAAACUGACAAGGGCCCUAUUACCGUCGUGGAGGCCUGCGAGCAGGAGAGGAAUCUCAUCAAUUUGGUGCGCCGCUAUCCAGCUCUGUACGACGGCCAGCAUCCGCGGUUCCAUGACGACACCUACAAGGAGCAGCUGUGGAAGCGCAUCACCAGCCAGCUACACAUUGAACUGACCCAAUGCUUGGUGACCUGGUCGGAGCUGCGCUACCGUUACCAGCGGCAUGUUCGUCGCCUGCGUGCCUUCCACCGCAGUGCGGUGAAACGAAGAGUGAAGACCCGCCGUCGUCCCUGCCUGCGGCAUGAAGAGGAGCUGCUAUUCCUUUACCCGCAUGUGGCACGCUUCCCGCUGCUGAAGCUCGAAGUGAGUGACAGCGAGAGCGAGAGCGAGGACGAGGGCGAUGGAGUGCCCGAAGUCGUGAUCGUGGAGCCGCCGCCGGUGGAUAUCAUCGAUGUGGAUCUCGUGGAUGAUGCAAUCGGCUGCACCAUGGAGGAGCGUUGCCUGAUCGAGGCGGUGAAAGCGUACCCACAGCUCUAUGACGCACAUCAUCCGCAGUUCUCGAACUUCCGUCACCGUGGCCUCAUCUGGUGCUCCAUAUCCAACGAGCUGCGCGACAAGGCCACCAAGUUAAUCAAGAAUUGGUUAAUACUCUUGACCCGCUUCGAGUGGGACGUGAGGCAUAACGACCGGCCAAACAGAGAUUCGGAGCUGUGCCAUCGCAUGGCCUUUAUGCGACAAUAUGUGAUGCGCCUGCGCCUCACCGUGUGCCAGGUCUCCAAGUAUCUGCAGAAUAGUUGGUACGAGCCCAUCGAGAAUUUCCGCAGCGUCCUGGCCCUGAUCAAUGCGAUGCGUACCAUGCCCGAGCUGGUCCAGAUAACCGAAGAUUGCCAGCGAUUGCGAACAAAGCCGACGAUCUACGAUGAGCUGUGGCAGAAGGUGGGCCAGGCGGUGGACGUAAGCUACGAGCGCUGUGAGGUCACUUGGCUGCUGCUUCGCUCCUUUCACACCGAGCUGACAGCCAUGCGUCAGGCGGGCUACCAGCUGCAGGACAAAUGGUAUUUCGAGAAUGUACUCAACGGCAUAGUCCGCUUGGCAGCCGUCCGUGCCGCCAAACGAAUAACCAACAACAAGCGCCCGCACAAUGGUGAUGAAACCGGCGAGAUGGGACCGCCUCCCGCUAAGGUCACUCCGCCUCCCGCAAAAGUCACACCGGCUCCCGCUAAAGUCACUCCGCCUCCCGCAAAAGUCACACCACCUCCCGCUAAGGUCACACAGCCUCCCGCUAAGGUCACACAGCCUCCCGCUAAGGUCACAGUGCCAUCCAAGAUCACACAGCCGGAACCACCACGCUUCCCCAUAGCCAUUGUCUACCCGCCUUCGAUGAAAACCAAUAGCAGCAGCACCACCACCACCACCGCCACCAACAACAGCUCCACCACCACUGGUAGUGGCCAAUCCCUACCCAAUGCCAGAAGCAGCACUGCUGGUGCCUCCACCUUACCCGCUGCCACAAGCAGCAGCUCCAGUACUGCCACUGACCAUCCGAUGCCUUUUGUGAUUUCCACGUCCCAGGGCAACGUAAAGGUGUCUGCCGUGCCCCGUCCUCCCCCAAAGCUUCUAAACCCUAUCAAGAAUAUAAGUAAACCGGCACCAGGGGCGUCUCCAGCGAAUCAGGCACCCAAUGCAAUGCAUUCAUUGGUUCAACGUCCUGCCCCACAAAUAUCUAUGCGCCCCAAAAUGAAUGCGCCCCUGCCCAACAUCCCGAUAACCCUACCCACAUCCAUGAUACGAGCCAUAACCCCACCGGCGGCGGCAGUUGUUUCAAUGCAACGAAAUGGCUCAUCAUCGUCGGCGUCACUGGGAUCAUCGAUUUCGCUUGUGAGGGUACAACCAGCAGCUGGACCAGGAACAACAUCAGCACCAACACGGCCAAAAUUGCCCAAGCUUUUACCGAAACCUCCGGAGAUGGCAGCACCAAUGGUUAGGAUCCAUCAGCCGGUGCUGAUAAGCGAAAACGACAUUGGGAAAACUCUGUCAGUAUCAGCAGCCAGAGGAGGAGCUGCUAAACCUGAUACAGGCAGAGGAAUAGGAACUGCAGGAGGAGGAGCAGUUGCAGGAGCAGCUGCAGGAGCACCUGGAAAAUCAGCAGGAACGGGAGCAGGAGUUCGAGUGGUAUCCGGAGCUGUAGUGGGUGGAGCCAUAAAAUAUCCAGAAGUUGCUACAACAUCCUCAGGAUCAAAAGCACCACCUAAGGCACCCACAAUAUUAAGAGGAAGUGGAAUUUCCUUGCCACCGGUAGUGCUAUCUGCCACCAAAUCAAACAGAAUAGUAAUAAGGACAUCUGAUGCCACAUCACAGACACCAACAAUUGCUUCAGUGACCUCAGCAGCUCGCCCAGCGACCUCAGCAGCUCCCCUAGUGACCGCAGCAGCUCGCCCAGCGACCUCAGCAGCUCCCCCAGCGACCCCAGCAGCUCCCCCAGCGACCUCAGCACCUCCCCCAGCGACCUCAGCUGCUCCUCCAGUGACCUCAGCAGCUCCUCCAGUGACUUCGGCACCUCCGCCAGUGACCAGAUCUGCUUCCCCAGUCAUCAUAGAAGUUCCCUCCGUAGACCCAGACGAUGCACCAUCCACCUCAAAGUCCAUAUCAACAGAUUUUGGACAGAGCCCUCGUGGCAUAUUCAUGAAUGCCAUCAAUGUGAACCUGGUGUACAGUGCCAGUGCCGGAAACUCGCUACGCAUCUGGGGUGGCGGCCUCAACUGUAACUAUAAUCUUAAUAUGGUGAGGACGGCAACAUUAAUUCGCGAGGUAAUGGCCGUGCCUCAACUGCAUAAUAAGUGUCCUCAGCUGAAGGCCCAAUCCGAUGAAUUCUGGCAGGUUAUCUCCCAGAAAUUUCACAUGCCAGAGUUGGCUCUGCGCGCUUGCUGGAACUUCCUGGCCAACAACAUGAGUCUUUUCCCCUCAAUUGCGCCCAUGACCGAGCUGAUGCGUCCGUUCAAAGGCAACCUAAAGGUGUGGGAGAAGUCGAAUCGUUUGUUUGGCAAGUUUGACGAGAUUGCACGCAAGUACGAUUGGAUGAAGUAUAGGGAGGUGAUACCGGAUCUCAUACGCCAUUUCCGGCAUCACGAGCAUUUGUACUGGGAGAUGCGCAAGCCCCGGCCCGGCGAGGUGGUUAAAUCACCGCCCCUGUACACCGAAAGGGAGCGCCAGGAGGUGUGGCGUGAGGCCAAGAUUAAGUUUCCCGAUCUCAAUCACCAUGACAUUUGGUCCAUGUUCAAGUUUGCCUUUCGCACAUAUAUGGAGGAUCUUGAGCGCGGCAUUGACAAUCCCUGGCCGCAGAACUGGUGGCAGGCCCUAGAGCAGCUCAAGUUCCUGGCCGAUAUUCGCUACCAUCCCCUGGAACCCUACUUCUACAUUGUACACAACAAAAUCCUCGACGAGGUGAAACGUUGCAGCAUGUUUGAAGCAUUGACAAGUUCUGAUUCUACCGACAAGGGCAAGACUUCGGCUCUUUUGGCACGUGUCGCCAAGGAGCCUAUGCCCUGGUGUUCAGAGGAGGCUAAGCGUCUGCUUACCGGCAAGCUUAGUAUCUUGGGAAAACCUAACAACGCUAAUGCUUCGAGCCAGGCAACAGUGAGUGUACCUGUACCUGUUAUCGAUAUUGAUUCAGGGGAAAUAGACGCACCGCCAGACAUCAUCACAGAGGAACCUGAGUUGCCAGAGCCUGUGUCUGAGCCUGAGCGAGAGCCAGAGCCGGAGCCAGAGCCAAAGCCGGAGCCUGAGCCUGAGCCUGAGCCACAGCCUUCUUGCUCGCGUAGCAUUGUGAGGCGGCCACCGAAAGCAAGUGGAUCGCGUCCUACCUAUACCCUGCCCACCAUCGAGGUAUUCGAACUGACCCGCAUGCUGCGCCGCUAUCCACACACUUUCCAGCGGGUUCAUACGAUCAAUAAGCGCACGGCCUGGGUGCGCGUAUCCAAGGAGCUCAAGAUCACAGUGACUGAAUGCCGCUUGGGUCUGCAGUAUGCACUGCGAGAGAUGCGCCUCCUUAAAAUACUGGACCCAAAGAAUCUCUGUACGAUGAACCAUAAGUAUUUUCGACAUAUGGAUGAGAUCUUUAAGCAGGUGAAGAACAAGAGCCAGCUCACGGUGCGCACACCGGAGCAAAUGAAUGAAUCGGUUGCCGUGGAGCAACCCGAGGAGAUGAUGUCAAAUAAAUUUGUGCCGGAGAUCAACAUGUCCACGUGCAAGCCGAGCCUGGUGCUCAAAAACUGGGCCACGGCCAUUGGCAGCUUGCCCGAAGAGAGCCAGGAUGUGCUGGCGAUCAAGCUAAAGUACCUUUUCGCCAAGUUCGCAAAGAUGAACUCUCAUAACACCUCUUGACAUGCAUAAUACACAUUUAUUCUGUUUAUAAUAUAAGUUUUCAUUUUUUUUCUAAGCGCACCAAUUUCCUUAAUGGAAAUAAUCCAUAAAUGACUUUGAUUAACGCUUGAUGGAAAAUCACCACUCUCACAUAAAACACACAUUAAUUGUGUAACAUAUUUAAACUAGGUCUAAUUUAUUAUUAAAAUCUUGAUAUACACCAA